AUGUCGGAGAGCGUGGCCGAGGCACCGGGAGAGAGCCCCGCGGCGCUUGGGGGAACAGGAACCAGCCAUGAGCUGCUGCAGCGGCUGCGGGAGCUGGAGGCGGAGAACUCAGCCCUGGCCCAGGCCAAUGAGAACCAGCGAGAGACCUACGAGCGCUGCCUGGACGAGGUCGCCAACCAUGUGGUGCAGGCACUGCUCAACCAAAAGGACCUCCGUGAGGAGUGCAUCAAGCUGAAGAAAAGAGUCUUUGACCUGGAGCGCCAGAACCAGGCCCUGAGUGACCUCUUCCAGCAGAAACUGCAGCUCUCGGCUGGGUCCCUGCACCAGCUGCCUCUGCACCCGGUGCCAGUGCCCUUGGAUGCCCCAGCCUGCCACCUGCCCAGCUCUGCUGAGCAGCCACCUGCUGCGCCGUCCCCCAGCCACUGCAUCCCCCUGCCGGAGGUGACCCCACUGGUGACAUCGAGCAGCCCAGGGCUCAGCCCCGGUGCCCCUACCCUGGACACCCUUUCCCCCUUCUUCAAGAAGAAAGCUCAGAUCCUGGAGGUGCUGCGCAAGCUGGAGGAGACAGACCCCCUGCUGGGCCUCCCCCUGGCCUCCCCCGGCUCCCCCGAGCCCUGUGCUGCCCCGGGCUGGCUCACAUGCCCGCUACGGGGGCCAGGGGCUGCUGGAGGGUGGCGAGGGGCCGAGGGCAGCCCUUGCUCCUCGCCAGAGGAGGCUACAGCACCGGGCGGGGCCCUGCUGAGCGCCUUGGCCGAGCGUCUGCUGCGCGGUGAGGGCGGCAGCGGCUGCUGCCGGCACAAUGUUGAAGCACCCGGGGCUCCCCCCCGGCAGCGGCGCGGCGACCACCCUGCGUUUCUGGGGCUCUAUGCCCCAGGCGAGGAGAGCCCUGAGGGGAGCUUCACCCCACUCUCGCCUGGAAGAGGAGAUCCCAACCCCCUGUCCUCACCCCCCAAGGUGCUGAAGCUGCCAGCCCCGCCCGGGGCUCUGCGGCUCAGCCCGCAGCUUACUCGGGCAUCCAAGAUCCCCUGCCGCAGUGGCAACCCCGAGGCCUUGCUGGCACUCAGCUGCCGCACCUCCCCCGAUGCCCCGCCGGAACCCAGCUCCCCAGAGCCCCCUGCUUUACCCCCGCCCCACACCUGUGAGGCAGCUGAGCAGCCCCCAGGGCUGCUGGGACCCCCCAGCAGUGGGGUGCGGGCAGCUGCGUCCCCUCCCAGCGCUCGCCGUGGCACAGGGGGCUCGGCCCCCUCUCGCCGCCCCAGCAAGAAGCCCUCCGAGCCAGGCUACCUGCCCUUCAAGGAGCGCCUGGCAGCCCUGGGUAAGCUGCGGGGGGCCGAGGGCCGUGAGCUCCCUGGUCUGGGGCGGCCUGAGAGGGGCCACGGGCCUGAGCCACGACCCCCACCCCGGGCUUGUCUGGGGGGCAGCCUGAAGCAUCCCGAGCCGGUUCACAGCGGAGAGCCUUUGGCCCGGUGCUACUCCUCUGGCUCCAUGGGUGAGUCGGGCAAGGCGGGGGCUAAGGUUCGCCCCACCGGCGGCAGGACCCCCCCGCGGGCACCCCCCGCACCCCCCACUAAGACCACCCGCAGCCCCCACGGCAGCCCCACCAAGCUGCCCACCAAGCCGGGCGCCAGCAAAGCUGGGACUGCACGAGGUGAGGAGGUGCCAGGGGCCAAAGUGGCAGGACCGCCCCCCCCCCAAACGCUUCCAGCCGCCGAGCCCCCCGGCACGGGGACGCUGCCGGGCGCCGCCGGGCACUCAGCCAUCGAGGAGAAGGUGAUGAAGGGCAUCGAGGAGAACGUGCUGAGGCUGCAGGGGCAGGAGCGGGCACCCGCGGGCGAAGCCAAGGGCAAGGCUGCCGGGGGCUUGGCAAGUUGGUUCGGGCUGCGCCGCAGCAAACUGCCCGCCUUGAGCCGCCGCGGCGACGGCGGCCGCGGCCGAGACUGGGCCGGGACCCCGGCUCCACUGCGCCGGGAGGUGAAGUUGGCCGCCCGGAAGCUGGAAGCUGAGAGCCUGAACAUUUCGAAACUGAUGGAGAAGGCGGAGGACCUGCGCAAGGCGCUGCGGGAGGAGCACGCCUUCCUGCAGGGGCUGGCACUGGACAAGGGGCGCCCCCGGGGGCCACCCCGGGGCCCCGGCCACCUCCCGGUCAUGUACCAGGAGGUGACAGCCGAGACCUUCAUGCAGCAGCUGCUCGACAGGGUGGACGGGAAAGAUUUGCCCUACGAGAGCCGCCUGGAGCACAAGCGGGAGCUGUGUGACCUCCGGCGGGUAUCCCCCGACACCAAAGACCCCAGGCUGUGCCACCCACCCCGCAACGGCAUCGUGGGACACCUGCGGCAGCACCCGGACAAGGUGCCCGACGUGGGGCUCCGGGACGAGCUGGCAUUGGAUGAGAGUUUGUCCGAGUCGGGGACCUCGCAGCACUUCGCUGCCUGUGGGUCGCUGACACGGACGCUGGACAGCGGGAUCGGGACCUUCCCACCCCCGGACUAUGGGGGGAUCCCCGCCAAGAGUGCCCCAAAACCCCGGGGCCGCCCUGAGCCGCUGCCCGGUGCCGUGCCAGCGCGGCCGCCUGCCAUCACCAAAGUGCCGCGCAAGGCCCGGACGCUGGAGCGGGAGGUGCCCAGCGCGGAGGAGCCGCCGGUGGCCAGCAAACACCGGAGCACCCCAUCGUGCCGUCCCCCACCCCCCCCCAGCCCCCCAGGCCACCGCGCCGGACCCCAGGAUGCCAGCGGUGACCCCGGGAAGCCACGGCGUGUCCAGCAGAGCAAGAACUGGACCUUCCCCAACGCCAAAGCCUGCGGCGCUGCCGACCCCUUCCUCUGCACCCCUGGGGGGCUGCACCACCCCACCGUGGCACCCGUCUGCAGCCCAGCCGGACGUCGAGGGACAGCAUCCCCCGAGGCGCCCCCCCCGCUGCCCCCCACCCUGAGCGCCAGCAGCAGCCGAACCCCCAGCGCCUCGGACGUGGGGGACGAGGGCAGCACCGAGGCCAGGUCACGGGACGGGGGGCACGGCCCCCCGGGGCUGGAGCACUCCGAGUCUCUCAGCGAUUCGCUCUAUGACAGCCUCUCCUCCUGCGGCAGCCAGGGCUGA